AUGCAGGGCGAAGAGAAGCACUCUGAACAGACUUGGGAUGACAAGUACGCCUCGGGGGCAGGCACUGCCCGCCGGGGCUCUGUCGUAGUCGGCAACAUGAUCAUCGAAAACCCACUCCAGCGCUAUCCUCCCGAUGAGGUUGCCAACAUGGGCCGCACCUUUGCUACAGAACACGGCCUGGCUGACAAAGAGGACCUCUUUAUGAAGGCCGCUCUCGUGGCGCGUGACCCCGAUGGGUUCUCGUCACUGGAAUGCCUGACUCCUCAGGAACAGGCAGACUUGGUGUACGAGCGCGACCACAAGUGGCACUGCACCAAGAGCCUCAUUUUCACAGUCGUCGUCUGUGCUCUCGGUGCAGCCGUCCAAGGCUGGGACCAGACUGGAUCCAACGGCGCCAACCUCUCUUUCCCCGUUGAAUUUGGUCUUUUACCACCUCCCACUGCUGUACAGACGCGCGAUCUCCAUCCGCGUGCUGGGCCAGCUAGUGGCAACGGACAACAGAGGGGUGACUGGAUUGUCGGUGUCAUCAACGCCGCCCCGUAUAUGGCUGCGGCUAUUAUCGGCGUAUGGCUCUCUGACCCUCUCAAUCACUACCUCGGUCGCCGUGGCGAGAUCUUCGUUACCGCCAUUGUCCUUGUGGCCACCCCCAUCGCGUCAGGCUUUUCAAAGAACUGGGAACAGCUCCUCAUCAUCCGCCUUAUCAUGGGCAUUGGUAUGGGUGCCAAGGCUGCGACAGUUGCCGUCUUCUCCGCCGAGAUUUCUCCCACUCGUAUCCGUGGCGCCCUCACUAUGGGAUGGCAGCUCUACGUCUGCCUGGGCAUUUUCCUUGGUUUUGCAGCCAACUGCGUCGUCAUGGACACUGGCAAGAUUGCUUGGCGUCUGCAACUCGGUUCUGCCUUUAUUCCAGCCCUCCCACUUGCCCUCAUGAUCUACUUCUGCCCAGAGUCACCUCGUUGGUACAUGAAGAAGGGUCGUUACGUCGACGCCCUCAAGUCGUACAACCGCUUGCGCAAGACGGAGAUUGUCGCUGCCCGUGAUCUCUACUACUCGCACGUCCUCUACAUGGAGGAGCUGUCCGAAGCCCGCGGUGCUGGAUAUCUCGCACGUCUCCGUGACUGCUUUGUCAUCCCUCGCAUUCGUCGCGCCACUCUGGCUGCCGGUGUGGUCAUGCUCUCACAGCAGCUUUGCGGUAUCAACAUCAUUGCGUUCUACUCGUCGACCGUCUUCAAGGAGAGUGGCUUCUCUGAUCGCCAGGCCCUCUUUGCUUCCCUAGGCUUUGGCGCACUCAACUUUGUCUUUGCGCUGCCAGCCCUCGUCACCAUUGACACAUUCGGUCGCCGUGGGCUACUCCUUGCCACUUUCCCCGGGAUGAUCAUCACCCUCCUCGGUACUGGCUUGUCGUUCCUCAUCCCCUAUCAUGAGGGCUCUGGUUCCAAGGCCCGCCUGGGCGUGGUCGCGACAUUUGUGUACCUGUUCACAGCGCUCUACUCGGUAGGCAUGGGGCCUGUGUGCUUCCUUUACGGAGCCGAGGUGUUCCCGACCGUCCAGCGUGAGCAGGGCAUGGCGUUUGCCGUGUUCAUCAACAUGUUCUUCGCUUCCCUCCUUGGCCUCACGUUCCCCGCCAUGAAGACUGCCAUGACGCCGCUCGGCGCCUUCUGCUUCUACGCCGGACUGUCCACGAUCGCACUGCUUCUAAUCUUCUUCUUCGUUCCUGAGACAAAGGGCAUCUCUCUCGAGGAGCUUGAUGACGUGUUUUCUGUCCCGACAUCCAAGUUUAUGUCAUACCAGACCAAACAGUGGCUGCCGUACUUUAUCAAGCGACACGUGUUCUGCAACAGCCGCGCCACACCGCCUCCUCCUAUCCAGGCCAGAUUCAGCGAUGAGGUUCGGGAGCAACAGCGCAAACAGUCGCUCACCAACCCCAACCCCGCCUACAAGGUGUAA